AUGUGGUUCCUGUGUGUCUUCUUCCAUAGGCUUUUGGAUUACAGGAGACCCGAGGUGGAGUCGCUCGCGGAGCUCUUCGGGGUGUUCGACGACGGCGAGGGAGAUAUAGCCUGCGCGGAGAGGCACCUGGAGUGGAAACUCCCGGAGAACUUCCAUGUUGACUCCCCUUUCCAUUUCGUUUCCCUCCCCUCCGAGGAGAUCGCCCGGAAGAUCGCCAAGCGAAGUGAGUCGGGUUAAACCCGUUCUUCUUACCGGCUUCCAUUGGUGUAUUUUGCCACCCCUUGCUUUUUAGUCAGCGGCGAGCGUUGGAAGCAGAACAAGAGGUGGCGAGUGAUCUAGGACCGCCUCAGUUUGUUGGCAAUAUCAUCGGGAAUUGUUAUUGAUUCUCCUUCUUUUUUAAAAGAAAGCCAUGAACAGACGACUGGGCAGGGGAAUUCUUAAAACAGCACGGGUUGCUUUCAUUUAUAAAAGCUUAGCAAGGCAUUAUAGCAUACGGACAUUCCUCGUAUAGUAUUUACUCACGCUCUUGUCGGAAACAAGACUUUUUAGUUUCAGGAAGUAAGCUUGUGUGUGCGCGCGCGCUCGCCACUCCGACUGUGUUCUUCCCUGUUCUGCCUUAGUUGUGAUGCUAAGAAAUAGGACUCAAAUCAAGGAGGAGGAGUUCAGGGAGGCAAUCCCCCUCAGUUUGAUAAUGCUGCAGCACGCUUCCUUCCUCUAUUCUGGGCCUUCAGCUUUCUUUAUUGGCAGAGUGAAUGGCGCGUCAGAAAGAUAUGGAUCGAAGUGCUGAUCUGCAUGAUGUUCUUGAGGUGCUGAAAUAUCUAAAUCCGAUUAGUGAAAUAGAAAAUGAUUCAGAGUUUUUGUUGAAAAGGGCAACAAGAUUUAUUUGCGAGCAUCUGAAUGGUCGAUGGACUGAAAUAACCUCUGUUUCAUAUUUGCCCAAGCAUCGUUAGAGUUUUCUUUAGCUUGUAUAAAUCAAUGUCCCGUUAAUGAGAUAUUAAAUGGGACAAAGUUGAGAAUGGCUAGGAAAGAUCAUUGCGAGCCUUUGGGCCAGCUGCAAGUGGUCCCCUGAUCCACCAUUAUUGUGAGAAAAAAUGCUUCCCUGUGAACAUCAUCGGGUAGAAGUGGAUGACCAGGUUGUGUCAUUUCCAUUUAUGGGAGGGCUUAACACAGGAAAAGCCCACCAAGUGGAGCGUUUCUCUCCUGAAGGAACACUCAUCUUGUGUAUGUGGGCACGUAUCCUUUUUCUUCAUUCCCCCCUAAAUUAUUUCUUGACUAUCAAACUAUGGAAAUAGGAUUAUAACCCAUCUCGUCAUUUCACUCUAUCAUAGACGCAUUGGUUUUCAUUCAUAUUAGGCUGUUCGUUAAUAAUGUAUUGCACCCUUGAAAUCCAAGUUACAUCGACCUCCAUGGAAAGCUGAGCCUGAAAAUGGUGUGUCUGAAAGCAACACACUUACUCUCUUGUUGUGGUGCUGCCCUUUGGAAAUCUUCAUUCUAGAAAGACAACGGUUCCCUGUGUGAAUGUAUCCCUUGAUAUGUUCUUCUCCUCCUCCUACAAAGUUCUUUUUGGAUCAAGUGCCUUCCUGCUUCAUAGAGCACAAUAUCCCAAUCUUGCCCCUCAUGCCAAAAUCGUGCUGUAUUCAUUUUUGAGCAUUGUGAAUAGCAGGCAUUCAUAUCUCUGCUCCUAAACUAAUCUGCAGAGAAUUAUUUAUGAAGUUUAUUCUAUGGGCUCUGUAUCAGUGGUUUCUAAAUUCUUGUACAUCUCAGGCAUACUUGUAAAGGGAAUAUAUGAGCUUUGGGGGCAUGGAAGCAACCAUCAAGAGUUAGAGGAAGCUAUCAAACUUUUUCCCGAAGAAAGGAAAAUCCCGUACUUGUCUUCAGACAGCACAUUCCGCAUCAUCGUGGAUAGUUUUGGCAAGGUGAUCAGCUUUGAGGAGCAAAAUAAGCGCAUAAAUGGACUGAGUUACAUACCAUUCAAGGUACUUUCGUCUUCUUGCUCGUGGAUAAGUAGCAUUUGCUCGUGGAAGAUUUUCUUGCUUUGAGCAAUUCAGGAAAGAUGUUUCUGCAACCUUUGAUCAGAUUUCCAUUGAGGGGUGAUUUUUGUGUGAGACAUAAUUUGCAUUGUCUCGAGUUUACCCAGACAAUGAUCAAACCGCAUGGUACAAAGAUCUUAUCUUUCAAAGAUGAUGUCGUUCAAUAUCUUGCAGUCGAGCAAAGUCAUGUGUCUGAUAAAUGUUGUUCUCUUUACAUUAUGUACAAGGCACCUAGUUGGCAUAACGUCUUUAUGCGCAUCAUCGAAGUAAGAUUUUUUAAAAUAUUUGGCUCAUUUUUUUCAAAUCAGAUAACCAUAAAUAUGAUAUGUGUUGCAUCAGAGAAUUUUUCGGAUACCUUUUGCCUCGAAGUAGUUGCCUCAACUGAGAUGCGUGUUUUCCAGCUGAUAUAUUUUUAUUUUUUAUUUUUUCCCAGGGUCGAGUUGAUUUGCGAAACCCUGAUCACAAGUUUUGGCUUAUGGAAACUGAUGACUAUAGAACUAAUAAUGGGCUCCCACGGGUUGUUCAGAAGAAGGUUUUCUUUGGCCGAGAGAUAGGAGCUGCAGAUAGGAAGCUUCUGCCGACUUAUCAGCUGAAAAGUCGCGGGUACCUCGGUCCCACUGCUAUGGAUGCCGAGAUGGCGUUUCUCAUGGCUAACCAAGGCUUAGCUCAACCAGGGAAACUCGUCUAUGAUCCAUUCGUUGGCACUGGAAGUAUCUUGGUUGCUGCCGCGCAUUUUGGAGCUAUGACUAUGGUCUGUGUUCUUUAUAACUACAUGUUUAUUUCAUGUCUGGAUGUUACGAUGUCUUCAGCAGGUUUUUUAUUUUUUGCUUUGUAGACUGUGUUUUCUGCUCUUUAUGUUCUUAUAUGAAUCAAUCAGGGUGCAGAUAUCGACAUUCGAGUGGUUCGUGAUGGUCGGGGACCCAACUGCAACAUCUGGAGUAAUUUCAAACAGGUGAUUUAAGCAGUUUUUCUUUUGUGAUUAUAUGAUUCUUGAAGAGGGCAUGAACAUCAUCAAGUACAUUUUCUCCAGCGUUCUGAUCUUUAGAUCUUUUAAUAUCUUUGAGAGAAUGCCCUGACCCUCCCCUACAUUCAUUAAUUGGACAUGCUAUGGCCUUUGACUUUCGUUCUGAAAAAAACUUUUGGCCAGCAUGAUCACUUCAUCUCAAAGCUGGGAAGCAGCAGUUAGAAUAGAUCAGAAUUUGACCCAGGACCUAUCAGCUAAAACUCGGUCUGGUCAACCAGAAUUAUGACUAAACUAUGAAGAUGUGUAUUUGUUCUUUCUGGAAAAUGUAAAUGAUUUGACUUGGAAUUAUGGUCCUUAGAAGUUAAUAUUGAAUUUAAGGGGCAACAAGCGUGGUUCCAAACAGAUUAUCAUGGCCCCCACCAUCCGUACAUCUAGAUUUCUUCAGGGUUUGACUUUUUGUCACCACGGUUUCCCAUGAUCCUGUGCUUUUCCUCGCAGUACGGUUUACCACCUCCGAUUUCUCUCCUGAGGGCGGACAACAAUCUUCCUCCCUGGCGGCAAGGGCUGGGAGAGGUACGGUUCUCUUUUCUGUCUCUGUAAAUCUAACGCCAUUGAUUCGCAUGUUCUUGCUCUGGGAUUGUCAUUCUGAGGCCCCUAUCCUGCUUGGGUUCUCCCUCUGCAUACCUUCAGCGUCGGAUCCUCUUCUCCUCUCGUGUGCCAGGUAUUUGACGCGAUAAUCUGCGACCCGCCGUACGGGGUUCGAGCUGGGGGUCGCAAAUCGGGAGGUCGGAAGCUGAUGAAGGGCACUGUCGAUCCGUACACCGUCCCGGAGGACAAGAAAGCCGACCAUAUACCCUCCACGGCGGCGUACUGCUUGGCGGAGUGCGUUCAUGACCUCCUGGAUCUCGCCGCCAAGAUGCUCGUGAUGGGCGGCAGGCUCGUGUUCUUCUACCCGGUGGUGCGGGACGAGGGCUCCGGCGACCCCCAAUACCCUGAGCAUCCCUGCUUCGCCAUGGCCGCCGCCUGCGAGCAGAUCCUGAGUUUCAGAUACAGCCGCCACCUGCUGACGAUGGUGAAGACGGCGGCGUACACCGAGGAGCUCGCAGAGUCGGCCAGACUGAAGCAUCGGGAGUUCAAGGAGAACCAUCUGAAAUGGAUGGAAGACGGGAACCUUCAUUCUGCCGUCUUCAGCCCUGCCGAUGCCCAGCAGCCGCCGCCGGCGGGCUGGCCUGAGAGAGAGUUGAAGCCCAAGUACAGGGGGAAGUAUGUGUAG